CGCCCCUCCCCCACUCGCUGCGUUGCGGGGCCACAGUGUGACCGCAGCGCACCGCCGAGGAGAAGAGGACACGCGUGGGGGCAGCACGAGGCUCCGAGACCACAGCAGGGGGUCGAGAGGAAGAGGAAGAGGAAGAGGAAGCCGUCCAUCCUCUUCGUCACUUUCCGUGUUCGCUCGACAGAGGCGGGAAGCCCCCCCUCCCGCCCCCCCACUUCAUCCUCGACCCCUCCCGGACUGAAGAUCCUCCUCAUCGUCAGCAGCCAUGAAGGACCGCACGGCGGAACUGCGAAGUGCUAAAGACAGUGACGAUGACGAGGAGGUGGUGCAAGUGGACCGAGAUCACUUCAUGGAUGAGUUCUUUGAGCAGGUGGAGGAGAUACGAGGCUGCAUAGAGAAGCUGUCUGAAGAUGUAGAGCAGGUGAAGAAGCAGCACAGCGCCAUCUUGGCCGCACCCAACCCUGAUGAAAAGACCAAACAGGAGUUGGAGGAUCUCACAGCUGACAUCAAGAAGACGGCCAAUAAAGUUCGUUCAAAACUAAAAGCAAUCGAGCAAAGUAUCGAGCAGGAAGAAGGCCUCAACAGAUCUUCGGCGGACCUCAGGAUCCGCAAGACGCAGCAUUCCACGCUGUCCCGCAAGUUUGUGGAGGUGAUGACGGAGUACAACACCACGCAGUCCAAGUACCGCGACCGCUGCAAGGACCGCAUCCAGAGACAGCUGGAGAUCACCGGAAGGACGACCACCAACGAGGAGCUGGAGGACAUGUUGGAGAGUGGCAAGCUGGCCAUCUUCACGGAUGAUAUCAAGAUGGACUCCCAGAUGACCAAGCAGGCUUUGAACGAGAUCGAGACUCGACACACGGAGAUCAUCAAGUUGGAGAACAGCAUCCGCGAACUCCACGACAUGUUUGUGGACAUGGCCAUGCUGGUGGAGAGUCAGGGCGAAAUGAUUGACAGAAUCGAGUACAACGUGGAACACUCGGUGGACUACGUGGAGCGAGCCGUGUCCGACACCAAGAAGGCCGUCAAGUACCAGAGCCAAGCCCGCAAGAAGAAGAUCAUGAUCAUCAUCUGCUGCGUCAUCCUGGGCGUGGUCUUGGCGUCGACCAUCGGCGGGACGCUGGGCUUCUGAGCUUCCUGUCGCCGUGACGACCGCCAGCCGGAGGAAGAAAAAGCCCAAAAACUUGAACCACCAAUGCAAGAAGAAAACCAAUCAGCAAACGGGACACACUUGGGGUGGGCCGAGGUCCAACAUUCCCACAAAUCAAACCCCCUCAAACGCACCGCCGUGUAAACGGAAGGUUCCGGCAAACGCAUCGAUGUAAACCUAGAAGCUACGCACGCUUUUUUCUUUCUGUCUUCUUUAACUUUGCUUUUUCGGGAGGACGGCGACGGCGAGUGCCGCUGGGCGGGGCUUCUGCGGGACGAGCGCCCGCUCGCUUCUAGGAGAGCGUGUCCGGACGCCGUCCUGCAGAAAGAGCCCCACCCCCACCUGCCCACGUUAGGAGGGCGGGUCCGACCUUGCCCUGACCCCGCCCCUCAUUGGUCGCUCACUCUCACGUGACCUUUGACCGCCAGCAGGGGCGGAGUCAGGGGGCGGGGGGGGGGUGGGAACUCCACCGAGAGUCAAUCUAUGCAGUUAAGACACAAGCGCGACUCGUCAAGUUGACUUUAGCCCCGCCCACCCGAGUGCCGCGGCCAUGUUGAGUUUUGUGGUUUUGUGCUGCCGCCGUUUCUGUGACUUCCUGUCGAGUUCGCCUGAGCCCUCGUUUUGGCCGAGUGUGUUUGUGGUCGUCUCGGUGACACAGGUGCUACCAAUCGGGAGAGGCUCCUCCCCCUCCUAGAGUCAUGUGACGUGGUGUCCCACUGGGAGCUCCUCCCCCUCCUCGAGUCAUGUGAUGUGGAGCAGCCUCCCCCAGCAAACAUUGCAUGUGGUGUGUUAGCUUACGUUCUGCCACGGGAGGGUUCAUCCGCCGCACUCGCCGUUCAAGCAAUAACUGCGGCCGGGAAGCUGGCGAGUCCCGCUGACAUCCGGCGUGGCGGCUCGGACGCGAACAGGAAGUGGGCUCGUUGAAGUAGUGCGUGUUGUGUAGUCGUUAGAUGUCGUGUCGUGACGUGUGACAAAAAAAGAGCGUUUCCUUUUCAUUUGGCGUCCACCAAAGUCGUGUUGUGUUGAAACUAAACGUGCGCUUGUCCCCGCCUCCCCGCCCAUCCCGGCCACGUCGCCGUGGUCAAAGCGAUGACGUCGUCGUCCCCCCCGCAGACGCAGACAUGGCGGCAUGAAGGCAGGGGGCGUGUCCCAGUAUUCCUGUCUUUUUCUGUGUUGACGUUUUUAGGCGAGACGACGGCGAGGAUAAGCCCCGCCCCCCCCCGCGUGUCCCGAUAUUUGGCAUGCGACGCGUCGUGGAGUUUGCAUGAAGAUGUUUCCCCGCCUCCUGACCUGCCGCCAUGUUGCGCACUUUACUCCGUUAGCACGCUAGUUCCCGCUUCUUUUCACACGACGCCCCGCCCCCCCCGCCCGCCCGCCCGCCCUCGCCGCGACACAAGUCACUUUUCACGUUGGCCACGCAAACCAAAGCGAAGUGAGUCGCCGGAGACCAGCGAGCCGCCAUUAGCCGCCGUUAGCCGUUAGCACGCGCUCCUCCAUCUUUGUAGUCCCGACGACGAAGCUCUCUGUCUUCCUGAAACGAUUUCCCAAAUGGUUGCCGUGACAACUUGGGAGUCAGUAUUGCGUGGGAGGAGUCUGGGGGGGGCACGUGGCCAAUAGGAAAGACUUGUCGCUAUAGCGAUGAUGUAAUUAUUGUAAAUAGGAGAAAAAGACCACCUGCAUGUUUAUCUUCCUGACAAAGUCGACGCCCUCUUGAUGCUGUCCUCUCCGCCCCGGAAGUGAGGCUCCGCCCACUGGCUGCUCUGGUCAAAGUGCUUCCCGCCAUCUCCUGGCCCCGCCCCUUCCACCUCCCACAGGCCGGCCUUGACAAAGCGUGCAAUACCGGAGGCGAGGCGGCCAGAUGCAGGAGCUCCACCCACACGACACGAGAGCUCCGCCCACCCGACGUUGACCAAUAGGGGACAGCCUCUUCGACUUUGCCAGGAAACGCAACUUGUGUCCGUUUCUUUUGUGUUUGUGUGCCUAGUGUAACGUAAAGCCAUCUGUCCCCGCCCACACUUAAGACACGCCCACCAUUCGCGACAGCCCCGCCCCCCUCUCGUUCUGCUGUUGGCUGUUUAGUUCCUGUGACGUGCCAGUACCCCCCAUCUUUGACCCCUGGAUCUUUAAGACGACAACUCUAUGCAGAAGCUGUCUUUUAUAAGUGUGUCCGACAUUUUGUUUCAGAGGAAAUAUUACACAAAUAUGAAGAAAUAAAGAAGGAUUGUUCAGUGUU